AGGCAGUGCCAGUGUUUGGAGUGCCACUGUGCCUGGCCGUCCAGCGCUGCCCGGCACACGAUGGCAUCCAGCUGCCCACCAUUGUCAGGGAGUGCAUUGACCAGAUAGAGGUUUGCAGUGAGAACUGACGGACGAUGGCCGGAGCCAGAGCCGAGGCUGACUCUAGACGGGAGAUGGCAGAGUGAACAUGACCCCGAACUGUGGCGUUGAGGACUUCCUGAUGGAGGUUAAGCUGACGUCUCUCUUCCGCCAAUAGAGUGUAGAGAUGGGAGAUUUUCCCGUGUAUGACGUCUAUCUGGGCCUGACUGGCCGUACCAGAAAGGAGGUGCAAGCGAGCCAAUGAAAUCAACGGCUCCUCGCCGCUGGGGAGUCCGAAACGGGCUCUCAUCCCUACCACUCCUAGCCGACAGGAAGUUGUUGAGAUCCUUGAACAAUUUUGCAAAUUCAGUGUGGAAGGAGUCUAGAGUCCGCCUCAGCAGCCCAACAGUAGGGACUGAUUGAUUCAUAUGGUCAAUUGUGUGUGUGUGUAUUUACCUAAUUGUAUUUACCUAGUUGUGACAUACCUACGGGAAAAGAUCUACGCUCAUGCUGUCCGGUCUCCAUAUCCUCUCUUAUCCAACUUUUCCUUAAUAUCCUGAAUGUUUCUUGCACAAACCACCUCCUCCUCCAGUCCGUUCCACAGCUUCUGUUUGGGAAGCUAAACUUUUUCACAUCUCACCUACACGUGGUCGCCCUAAACUUCUUUCCAUGUCCUCUCG